GUCAGGACUUAGCAAUCCCCAGUCACACACUGAGAGGUGCAUGAACGAAAAGGAGCUGGCAAUACAAUUCACUGGGAAUUUUUUUUAUUAUUUUUUUUUGGCGAUUUCACGGCCCUUCCCUCCUCUCCCCAUUGCUUUGAGCGCGACGAGCUUGGCUCCUGAUCUCCGUUCGUGGGGCAGCAGCAGCAGCAGCAGCAGCAUCGAAGAGAAAAGCAAAGCUGAAGAAGGGCUGGAACUGGAUCCUGCCAGAGGCCAGAAUGUCAUCCAGGGAGAUGUAAAUGAGGUCGAAGAAAACGACGGAGAAAGGGGGCUUUCUUCCCUCUCCUUUGCGUUGUGUUUCUGUGCGUUGCAAUCGCACCCCCUUCUCUCACUUCGCCUUCCUCCUGAAAAAUAAUUAUUGAGUUGAUUCCGGCUGCUCCCGUUGGCAUCGCCUUUCUUUAUAUCCAUCCGAGUUGCCGAGAGAGACAGAGAGAGGACUCCAGAGCUGGUCACAUCCAUUGGGGUUUGCACCUAGCGCUCUUUUGUUGUGGUGCGUUUAGAUCCACCCAAAGAAUUAUUUCGAUUUUUCCUUUUUCGCUUGCGUGGCUUUUUUUUUUAAAAAAGAAUCCCCCUUUUCCUCCCCCUCUUUUUUGUUUUUGUUUGGGAAGGAGCAGAGUGCGUUGGGAACUGUAGGGGGAAAAUGUUGACUUAACCCCUAGCGAAGCCCCUCGGCUGGCUGGGCUCGCUUGGAGGAGAGGAGGAGGAGAAGACGGAGAAGGAGAAGCCGCCUUGUGUACGUUUUGUCCCAGCUCAACGAGCUGCAAAAGCCAGCUGCUUUCCUCGGCUUUCUUCACUUCUACCCAGCCCAGCUCUUUUGCCUGCCCGGCGAUCCUUCUCUGCAUUCUGGCUACUUGCUGCUGGCGCCUCCCGGGCCAACCCGCCCCACUUUCUCCUCGUGAUCGGAAAGGGGCUUACCCUCCGUCCCCUUUCCGGGGCACCCCAGAUGCAACAGAAACCCUGGCCCGGCCUUGGCUGCAAACCCAAAGUUAUGAAGAUCAAUGAUGUAGACCACCCACUUGAAUGACGCUGGACAUUUAUAACUGGAAUCGUUACGGAAUAAAAAGAAAAUACUUUAAAAGGGGGGUCAAUAAUGGUGGCUUCUGAUUGCAGAAUGAAAAGGUUUUGGCUGCUUCUGAUAGUCAGCUUCCUACAGUGUACAGAAGGUUUCAGUCGAGCAGCAUUACCGUUUGGUUUAGUAAGGAGAGAACUGUCCUGUGAGGGCUACUCCAUUGAUCUUCGUUGUCCAGGAAGUGAUGUCAUUAUGAUAGAGAGUGCUAAUUAUGGACGGACAGAUGACAAGAUUUGUGAUGCUGACCCUUUCCAGAUGGAGAACACAGAAUGUUUCCUCCCUGAUGCCUACAAAAUUAUGACGCAAAGGUGCAACAACAGAACUCAAUGUAUAGUAGUUACUGGGUCAGAUGUGUUUCCUGAUCCUUGUCCUGGAACAUACAAAUACCUCGAAGUCCAAUAUGAAUGUGUCCCUUACAUUUUUGUUUGCCCUGGGACGUUGAAAGCUGUUGUGGAUUCCCCAAAUUUAUAUGAAGCUGAACAAAAGGCUGGUGCCUGGUGCAAAGAUCCUCUUCAAGCUGCAGAUAAAAUAUACUUCAUGCCAUGGACUCCAUACCGUACAGAUACCUUGAUAGAAUAUGCUUCUUUAGAGGACUUCCAAAAUGGACGCCAGCAGACGACAUAUAAACUUCCAAAUCGAGUGGAUGGUACUGGAUUUGUGGUGUAUGAUGGUGCAGUCUUUUUUAACAAGGAAAGAACCAGGAACAUUGUAAAGUUCGACUUAAGGACUAGAAUAAAGAGUGGAGAGGCUAUUAUAAAUUAUGCCAACUACCAUGAUACUUCCCCUUAUAGAUGGGGGGGAAAGACUGAUAUUGAUUUGGCGGUUGAUGAAAACGGCUUGUGGGUAAUUUAUGCUACAGAACAAAAUAAUGGAAUGAUAGUUAUUAGCCAACUGAAUCCAUAUACUCUGCGGUUUGAAGCAACAUGGGAAACUACAUAUGACAAAAGGGCAGCAUCUAAUGCCUUUAUGAUAUGCGGGGUUCUCUAUGUUGUGCGAUCAGUAUACCAAGACAAUGAAAGCGAAACCGGCAAAAAUGCAAUUGAUUACAUUUAUAACACCCGGUUAAGCCGAGGAGAAUACGUAGAUGUUCCUUUCCCCAACAUGUACCAUUACAUUGCUGCCGUGGAUUACAAUCCAAGAGACAAUCAACUAUACGUGUGGAACAACAACUUUAUCCUACGAUAUUCUCUAGAGUUUGGCCCACCAGACCCUGCUCAAGUGCCUACCACAGCAGAGACAAUAACUCCUUCCACCGAGCUGUACAAAACAACGGUAUCAACUACAAGCACCACACCACAGAAAGUUCCUAUUAGCACGACGAUGGCUGGGGGAUCAGGAGAAGAUAACAAAGGCCCCAAACCACCGCCAGCAGUUUCAACCACCAAAAUUCCUCCUGUUACAAGCUUUUUCCCUUUGCCAGAGAGAUUCUGUGAACCCGAUGUGGCCAGGGGGAUUAAUUGGCCUCAGACGCAGAGAGGAAUUGUGGUGGAACGUCCCUGCCCCAAGGGAACUCGCGGAACAGCUUCAUACCUCUGCAUGGUUUCCACUGGAACAUGGAACCCCAAAGGCCCUGAUCUCAGCAACUGUACUUCACACUGGGUAAAUCAGCUGGCUCAGAAGAUCAGAAGUGGAGAAAAUGCUGCUAGCCUUGCCAAUGAACUGGCUAAACACACCAAAGGACCCAUCUUUGCUGGUGAUGUGAGUUCAUCAGUUAGACUGAUGGAACAGUUGGUGGACAUUCUUGACGCUCAGCUGCAAGAUCUGAAGCCUAAUGAGAAGGACUCUGCUGGACGGAGUUAUAACAAGCUCCAAAAGCGAGAGAAGACAUGCAGGGCUUACCUUAAGGCUAUCGUUGACACGGUGGACAACCUGCUUAGGGCUGAAGCUCUGGAAUCCUGGAAAGAUAUGAAUUCUUCUGAGCAAGCACAUGCUGCAACAAUGUUACUUGAUACACUAGAAGAAGGGGCUUUUGUCCUGGCUGACAAUCUCUUAGAACCAACAAGGGUCGCAAUGCCUACAGAUCACAUUGUCCUGGAAGUUGCGGUGCUCAGUACGGAAGGGCAGGUGCAGGACUUGAAAUUUCCUCAGGGCAAUGCGGGAGGCAAUUCGAUCCAGCUCUCUUCAAGCACUGUGAAACAGAACAGCAGAAAUGGGCUAGCAAAGCUGGUUUUCAUCAUUUACAAAAGCUUAGGCCGGUUCCUCAGUACCGAAAAUGCAACUAUAAAACUAGGAGGAGAGUUUGCCGGCAGAAACAGUACUAUUGCUGUGAACUCUGACGUCAUUGCAGCCUCCAUCAACAAGGAGUCCAGCCGUGUCUACUUGACUGAUCCUGUUCUUUUUACCCUGGCGCACAUUGAUCCCAACAAUUAUUUCAAUGCCAAUUGUUCCUUCUGGAACUAUUCAGAACGGACUAUGAUGGGAUAUUGGUCAACUCAAGGCUGCAAGCUGAUUGACACAAAUAAAACACAUACCACAUGUGCAUGUAGCCACCUAACCAAUUUUGCAAUCCUCAUGGCCCAUAGGGGACUUGUGUACAAAAAUGGAAUGGAUGGGUUACUCCUCACUGUCAUCACCUGGGUGGGGAUUGUCAUUUCCCUUGUCUGCCUGGCAAUUUGCAUCUUCACUUUCUGUUUCUUCCGUGGCCUUCAAAGCGACCGAAACACAAUUCACAAGAACCUUUGCAUCAACCUCCUCAUUGCAGAAUUUAUUUUCCUAAUAGGCAUUGAUAAGACAGAAUAUAAGAUUGCAUGCCCAAUAUUUGCAGGCCUCUUACACUUUUUCUUCCUGGCAGCCUUUGCCUGGAUGUGCCUAGAAGGGGUGCAACUCUAUCUCAUGUUAGUAGAAGUAUUUGAAAGUGAAUAUUCUAGGAAGAAGUACUACUACGUUGCUGGCUACCUCUUCCCCGCUACCGUUGUUGGUGUCUCAGCAGCUAUUGACUAUACCAGCUACGGAGCAAAGAAUGCUUGCUGGCUCAAGGUUGACAACUAUUUUAUCUGGAGUUUUAUCGGGCCAGUUACCUUCAUUAUUCUGCUGAAUCUUAUCUUCCUGGUGAUCACACUGUGUAAAAUGGUGAAGCACUCAAAUACUUUGAAGCCAGACUCUAGCAGGUUGGAAAACAUUAAUAAUUACCGUGUUUGUGAUGGCUACUAUAAUACGGACUUACCUGGCUAUGAAGAUAAUAAGCCAUUUAUCAAGUCUUGGGCCCUAGGUGCAUUUGCUCUUCUGUGUCUUCUUGGUUUAACAUGGUCUUUUGGCCUGCUUUACGUCAACGAGGAGACCAUUGUGAUGGCAUACCUGUUCACAGUAUUUAAUGCUUUCCAAGGAAUGUUUAUUUUCAUCUUUCAUUGUGCGCUUCAAAAAAAAGUACGUAAAGAGUAUGGCAAGUGCUUCAGACAUUCAUAUUGUUGUGGAGGAUUACCAACAGAGAGCCCUCACAGUUCAGUAAAGGCAUCAACUACAAGAACUAGUGCUCGCUAUUCCUCUGGCACUCAGAGCCGAAUAAGAAGGAUGUGGAAUGACACUGUGAGAAAACAAUCUGAAUCUUCCUUUAUCUCAGGUGAUAUCAAUAGCACUUCAACACUUAAUCAAGGAAUGACUGGCAAUUACCUACUAACAAACCCUCUUCUCCGACCGCACGGCACUAACAAUCCUUAUAACACAUUGCUCGCUGAAACCGUUGUAUGUAAUGCCCCUUCAGCUCCUGUGUUUAACUCACCAGGACAUUCACUGAACAAUGCCAGGGAUACAAGUGCCAUGGAUACUCUACCGCUAAAUGGUAAUUUCAACAACAGCUACUCUUUGCGCAACGGAGACUAUAAUGACAGUGUGCAAGUUGUAGACUGUGGACUGAGCCUGAAUGAUACUGCAUUUGAAAAAAUGAUCAUUUCAGAAUUAGUGCACAACAACCUGCGGGGCAGCAGCAAGAACCAUAACCUAGAGCGCACAUUACCAAUCAAAGCUGUGAUCGGCGGGAGCAGUAGCGAAGAUGACGCCAUUGUAGCAGAUGCUUCAUCUUUAAUGCACAGUGAUAAUCCAGGCAUGGAGCUGCACCAAAAGGAACUUGAGGCCCCUCUGAUUCCCCAACGGACUCACUCCCUUCUGUACCAGCCACAGAAGAAAGUGAAGACUGAAGGAACAGACAGCUAUGUGUCUCAGCUGACAGCUGAAGUUGAAGACCACCUCCAAUCUCCCAACAGAGACUCCCUUUACACAAGCAUGCCCAACCUCAGAGACUCUCCUUACCCAGAGAGCAGCCCCGACAUCGAAGAAGACCUCUCUCCCUCCCGGAGGAGUGAGAAUGAGGACAUUUACUACAAAAGCAUGCCAAAUCUUGGAGCUGGCCAUCAGCUUCAGAUGUACUAUCAAAUCAGCAGGGGCAAUAGCGAUGGCUAUAUAAUUCCCAUUAACAAGGAAGGAUGUAUUCCAGAAGGAGACGUUAGGGAAGGACAAAUGCAACUAGUGACAAGCCUUUAAUAGCGUAGCAAAGGAAUACUGAAGGCCACAUGCAAGUAUUAAACAGACUUAAUUGGCCCCAUGCAGGCUCCCUCAUAUCUGCUUGAAGUGACAAUUCUGUUGUCCCUGUGGUUUCUCCCAUGUAAAGGAGAUGACUGGACCUUGCAGUUCUGUGAAUUUUUAUAAAACAAAGCUUUGUAUAUACACAGAGUAUACUAAAAGAAUUAUUUGUUACAAAGAAAAAAAAGAUACCAUCAAGGUAUUUUAAGAUAUCUUGCUGCUGACGUAAAAGAGAUUGUGAAAUACACACAAACACACACACACACACACACAAAGCGUUCCAGCCAUUUUACUGCAGCAGUUUGUGAACUAAAUUUGUAAAUAUGGCUGCAUCAUUUUUGUAGGCCUGCAUUGUAUUAUAUACAAGACGUAGGCACUAAAAUCCUGUGGGGAAAAAUUACUGUACCUUACUAUUCCUGACAAGACUUGCAAAAGCAGGAGAGAGAUUCUGCAUCAGUUUGCAGUUCACUGCAAAUCUUUUCCAUUAAGGCAAAGAUUGAAAACAUGUCUAACCACUAGCAAUCAAGCCACAGGCCUUAUUUCAUAUAUUUCCUCAACUGUACAAUGUACUGUUCUCAUGAAAAAAAAUGGCUAAAGAAAUUAUAUUUUGUUCUAUUGCUAGGGUAAAUAAAUAAAUACAUUUGUGUCCAAACGGAAAUAUAAUUGUCAUUAAAAUAAUUUUAAAGAGUUUGAAGAAAAUAUUGUGAAACGCUCUUGGUUGCACAUACGCUACAAGCUGUUUUUUCUUACACUUGGUUCGUAGUACGGUAAUAUGUUUAAAAUGCAAGUUCUAUCCAUUUUCACUUCUUUUUCACUGUAAACAGUGUUCUGCUUUGACGUUAGUAUUUCUUAUGUUUUAAACUUAUUGCCAAAAGAACAUAUUUUUUGAGAAGAACUCUCUUAGACGCCAAUUAAUGCCAUGCCUUGCACAUAUUUGGUUUCUUUAAAAAAAACAAUAGCAGAUUAUAAAUCAGUCCCUUUUCAUUCUUUAACUGGGGGGAGGGGCAGAGAGAAAGGGGAGGGGCCAAAGGAGGGGCCAAGAUAUUAUUCUCAGUCAUACUAGAGAAUUAAAGGUGCCUGACCUUUUUAAGCUAAGAGAAAACAUAAAUAUUACUCUUCCAUACUCCUUCUGCCUAUAUUUAGUAAUUAAUUUAUUUUAUGAUAAGAGAUCUAAUUAAAUGUACUUGUUUCAGAUUUCUUUUUCUUUCUAUUUUUUUUGCUUUUUUCUCCAAUCCCUUUGUGUAAACCUGUUAAUAAUGAGCCCAUCACUAAUAUCCAAUGUAAAGUUUAACACCUGUUUGACAGUAAAUAAAUGUGAAUUUUUUUUCCAAAUAGGUAAAAUGCGCUUUCUUACAUAUGAGUCAUAAACCCGGUUAUUUACUGUGUGAG